GGAGAGAGAACAGCAGAGAGAGAGAGGAGAGAGAGCAACGGAGAGAGAGAGUGAGAGGGAGGAGAGAUAAGCUCAUACCACUCGUACAGAGGCAAACAGAGUAGACAGGCUUAGCACAUACACAGACAGUGUGUGAGAGUCAUCGGGAGAGAGAGAGAGAAAGAGCAAUAAAAAGGAGAAGGGAGAAAGAAUCCAGUCACCUGAAGAGCAAAAGAAAAGAGUUACAGGGGUAAAGAGGGGAAGGCAGGUUUUCAAACUCUGUGAACGAAGUCACAGCCCGGGGCACGGAGCAGUGGGGAAGUUGGAAUCCGCGCGCUGUCUUGUGGGGGAAUUUCAAUCAGGGGAACGUAAAGCCUGCCGAUUCCAGGCAGACAGACACAGGCAUGGAUCCACUGUCAUCAUCUGAAGUCGGGGACGAGACAAAGGAGAGGAAAAAGAUCCAUUUCUCAGUCCCGACCACCGUGCCCACUCAGCUGGACCCGCGGCAAGUAGAGAUGAUUCGUCGUCGGAGGCCCACUCCUGCCACACUCUUCAGAGUGUCAGAAAAUCCAUCCCCUGAGGAGGAGACUGCUACUCACCAGUGGGUUGUGGGGGAGAAUGGAAUCCUCAAGCCGAAGCGUGUCAACCCAAGCGUAUACCAGCCUCCAUCGCUGAAAGCCGUGCAGCGGAUGGCUCAGGCUCACAUGCAGACCCUCGGCGCCUGCCCCACUGUGGAGGACCGCCCCGAGGGGGUGGAGAGCGAGGAGUGCCCCUCCUCUGGAGAGGACAGUGAGGAGAGUGAGGACAGUGAGGAGAGCGAGGAGAGCUCUUCCUCCAGUGCUGAUUCUCAGGCGGAGGUGGGCACCGUGGACAGCCAAACGGAGCGGCUGCCGAGGUCAGAGGCCGCCGGCCUCGGAAGACCCGCCUUCCAGCGCAAUCAAAGAGACACGGAGAGGGAUGAGGACGACGAAGACGAUGACGAGGAUGAUGAUGAUGACGAUGACGACGAAGGAGAGGGGAGGAGCAGAUGGGAGUGAUUGACAGAGGGAGCGUGAUAGGAGCAGGAGAGGGGGAGAUGUGUCUUAUGUAGAAAAUGGAGCUGAGAAAAAAAAUGAAGUAUGAGAGAAUCGUAAGCUCAGUAGCACAGAGGGAACAGAACAGAGCAUUUGUGUGUGAGCUUUGUGUCAGCGUGUGUGCGAAUGUGUGUGUGUGUGUGUGUAUGAGAGAGAGAGAGAGAGAGAGAGAGGAGACAGAGAAAAAGUGAGAGAGAAUGAAUGUCAGUGUGUGUUCAGCAUACCCAUAUGAGCAGGUGUAGAAGGCUCUAGUAAGUAACAGUAUACUUCACAUAGAACGGUUUGCCUACUGUCAGUUUGGAGCUUAUGAGCUUGAAGAAUGUGCUCCUGAAGUCAGGUGGAGGGUCAUAUUUACUUUUCACUGAAACACGAUUACUUUCUCUCAUUCCAUUAUUGAAUGCCUCUUCAUUUAUUCAGACAAGUGACCCUUUGUAACAGAUAGUCCAUUAGCAGAUGGGACACUAACAAUUAACAUUUUUUACACAUUACAUAUUAUUUUUUUAAAAACAAUUUUAUGCACACAAACAAGCCCGCACAGACACAUAUCCGCACGCAUACACACACACACACACACGCAAACACACACAUGCAGACACACAAACACACACACACACAUCCAAUGUAUAGCAAUUAGUUGUUUUGCGUUUGUGGUUAAGAUGUAGGCUUUAAUGAUGUCACACCCAAAACCAUAACCCCACAUUAAAAUUUCAUUUCAGAAUGACCCCUCUUCUUCAUCACAUUUCACUUAAGGUUCAAUUAUUUCAAAUAUAGGUUGUGUGAGUAUGAUUAAUUAAAGACACUAUAUUUGUUAUUUGUCAUAUAAAAGAAUAUUUACUAUGUCUUGUUAUUUCAACAUUCACUUUUCAUACUAUGGAAUUUAAGGCUGACAUUUGCUCCACUAAAACAUUCUUAUCUAUUGCUUUCAGUGAUUAGGUAGUCCACUGAUCAGUCUAUAGCUCUGUGUCAGCUGUAAUGAUACAAUGACCUGGAUUGUGUGAAUGUCCCAGAUUACUUGUUCUAUGCUCUAGAUUGUGUCAUUGAGUGGUUGCUACCCAGAACUGUGCUGGAGACCUCAGGUGGAUUAGAUAAUAGUAAGAAUGACAGACAUUUCACAUUGCAAUGCUGACCCAGCAUCCGCAUGAAAGAUUUAGACGGAGUCGCUCUAUGUAUACGCCCUGCAUGGUGGGACCCAGUGUUUGUGUGUGUGUGUGUGUGUGUGUGUGUGUGUGCGUGUGCAUGUGUGUGUGUGUGUGUGUUUCCUGACAGUCAGAUCACAGGAACAGGAUGGUAGAGGCAUCUGGAACAGCCGCAGGGGGGGCCAGCUCCUUCUCCCCCCCCCCUUUGGUGUCUCUAAUGGGGUCCUCGCACUCAUUAUUCUGGCUUUAAUUAGAUGCGCUCCCUCUCGUCUUUGACCGAGUUGGAGUCGGUUCUAGUUUACCUUUACCAAAUUCUGGCUGCAACAAAGGUAUGGAGCAACUGGAAGUGAUAUAAGCCAUCUUAGCUUUAGCUUCCUUCUUUCCUCUCCCCAAUAUUGAACUGUUCGACACACUAAAGACCCCUACCAGAGCUUUAUAAAUCCAGAGAAUAAAUACAAGCAUGCUUUUUACCCCUCCAAUCAUCUCUUUUACAAGAUCUUGAUAAGAUUAAAAAAAACAACUAAGCCAGUAAUCCAAUAGAGUGAAAUACUUGGGGUUUUAGCAGUGACCACAGGACUGAGAGAGAGAUAAGUACGCUCUCUGUACUCUCUUUGCCUGUAUUCUGCUGAUGGUACAGAAUACAGGCAAAGCGGAGGUAGGGCAUCAGCCCUGGAAUGGUGGGGUGGGUCUAUUUUUCUUAUGGAUGUUAUUAAAUAAUAGAUGAAUAUUAAAUCGAGUCCUAAAGUUUUUACUGUUAUUGGUAAUACAUCUAGCUUUGUUUCAGGGUUUCCUUCUGAGAAAUGUGUUCAGGUUAGAGACUGUACAUUUUAAGAAGGUCUGUUUUGUACCAUUAUCAGGAUACCAUACCAGACCUAAGGUCAGUUACUGAAUGUUAUAAAUAUAGGAAUUGUUACAGUCAGAAUUGCAGUUUGCUAUAACCAUGCUCAAUAUGCUGUAGUGAUUACUGUCAUUGAUUACAGUUAUAUUGACAUGUAAUAAACUGAAUAUUAAAACUCC